GCUCUUGCUCCCAACUACAAUGACUGAAAUAUCGUACAGACAAUAUGUAGGCGAAUCUGAUUUACCACACAUUAUGGCUCUCGUUCAGAGUGAGCUCAGUGAGCCAUAUGUCAUAUAUACAUAUCGUUAUUUCCUCCAUCAAUGGCCACAACUAGCUUUCCUCGCAAUACCUGCGGGAUCGUCGGAACCGAUAGGCGUCAUCGUGUGCAAGCAGAGCAUGCACAAGCAUGCCUCGAAUAGAGGUUAUAUCGCUAUGCUUAGCGUCAAUAAGAGCUGGCGCAAACGUGGUGUAGCAAGCACGUUAGUCAGACGAUCAGUGGAAGUCAUGAGACGACAUGGAGUAGAUGAAGUCGUCCUUGAAACCGAGUAUGACAAUGCACCGGCUCUUUCCCUCUACGAAUCCUUGGGGUUCAUUCGCGAGAAGCGGCUGUAUCGAUUCUACCUUAACGGAAAGGAUGCAUUCCGUUUGGUUCUCCCUGUUCCUCCAUCAGAAUUGGACCGAAACCUCCCCCACUACAUGAAGCGUUCCCCAACCCACAACAUUCUCUCUUAUCCAGUCGCUUCCGAUGACGAAGACGAGGUCUCAUAUCGUUGAUUCCAGUCACACGACUCAUAUCAUUUCGCCUGAUCCUAACAUCCUAAUUUGGCUGUCUAGUCAUAAUGGCCCUAGCUGUGCAUCGUCUCAGUUGUACGUGUAUAACCACUGCUCAACCUAGGUUCAACCAUUCAUCUCCUGUAUCUCAUCGUAUCGAGGCACUAUACCCCACAUACAUGCGAUGCUCUCACUUGCUGUAGUUAUAUUUGUAGAUUGUAAUCUUUUCAUGUAGUUCAUGAUUCAUCGAUCGAGAUUUUGCCUAUAUAGAGCCCUUCUUCCUCAGACGCGCAGG